CCAAAUUACCGAAUCCAAUCCAUGUAGUGAAUUGAGUGGAUUGACAAAUCUAGUAGGACCAACCCAAUUUGAGCCAAUAUGGACAAACUCAUUUUGAUUCGUUACAAUACAACCCCCACUUGCUAUUGAUCAAUGCUUUUGACCAACCCUAUAUAUUCGGGCUGAUCAAACACAAUUGGCCCUUACUUUUGAUUCUAGUUAUGACUGUUUGACACAGAACUGUAAUAAAACAGUACAACUCUGCAAUGUUCUUGAUUUGACUUUGAUGUCUUAUUGUCUUUUACUAAAAUCAACCUUUCAAAAAAAAAAUUAAAUCAACAUUUUUUCUUUCCCCCAUUUAUAACUACGAGAAACCCACCCCAUCCCAAUUCAUCUUCACCCACCCCCCCCCCUCCCCAAAAAAAAAAUAAAAAAAAAUAAAAUCAGUCCUCUGUAUUUUCUAAAACCCUAGAUUUCUCAAAGAUUGGAACUUUGAAGAUGGGUCCUUCAGAUAAAAAGCACCCACACUUCUUCAAAGUGUUUCAACCUCAGCAAUCUUCUGAAAAUUUGAAGCUUCCACCUGCAUUUGAAGAGAAGAUACCAGGAGAAAUACCCAGUAGGGUGUUCUUAAGAAAUAGAAAUAGUACGAGUGGUAAGCCUUGGCUGGUAGAUGUGGGCAGAAUUGAUGGUAGAUUAUGUUUUCAAGGGGGUUGGUCUAAGUUUGUCUUGGAAAAUUCCUUGAAUUUUGGAGAGUUUUUAGUUUUCAAGUAUAAUGGACAACGGAUUUUCGAUGUUUUGAUUCUUGGGAGACAUGGUAUCGAAAAAGAAUUCAUGGCUGAGGGGACUGAAGAACUCGUAAAGGAGGACGAGGAUGAGGAUGAGGAUGAGGAUGAGGAUGAGGAUGAAGACGAGGACGAGGAUGAAGAUGAAGAGAUGCGCUACACAAUGUCUAGGAAUAUUUCAUCUAUGAAAAAUUGGCACUUCAAUCGAGCAUUAGGAUGUAUUCCCGGCUUUGGAAGCUGACUAAAUUGUUGAAGCACUCAUAGGAGUAUAGGACUGAAGCAUUGGCUGAAAGAUUUGAGCUGCAAAUUGUAUUAUGUAUUCUUACUGUCAAUUCAUAUUUUCCCAUUUCUCUGUAUUUGGAUUUGUGGCUUGUAUAAGAGGUAUGUUUAAUGACAUCAAGAGCCUAUGCUUCUGCAGUUUAAGGCAAAUUUGGUUAAUGAGAAUUCUGGAGUGAAGAUGUAAACUCACUCUUUUUAUUGCAAAAUCUGUUUUUGUUGUCUUUGAAAUUAGAACAAGUCUCCUUUUAUUAGGCAUGCUUAAUCUUGCUGGUUUGGGAUCACAUCUUUGAUGUUUCUAUCACUGUCUUUCUUGAACAUAAAACUAAAAAACCGCCUUUUCUCACCCUGAGUCUUAAAUUCAGUCUCUUUAAGCAUUGAAUGGUUGUCUUCAUACAUCAAGUUCAGUUUAUCUCUCAAAGUUGGUGUAGAGGAUCCAGAACUCUUUAUGAUGGGGGCUUUCACUAGGAUCAUUGUAUGAUACUCCAUACAUGAUGUUUUAUAACC